UCACAAGUGAUCAUGAAUUACGGAGCAAAUUGAAUUGUCAACGGUUGACUUGAUUCCAAACCCGCCAUUGAAUCCCAUUUCCCCCCACUUAUAUACAACAUGAAUCUCAAAAACACAACCCGACACAAACGAUGAUGUCUUCUUCCACUGCCUUCCUUCUUUUUCUGUCACUUUGCAAACUCUUCACUUCUUGUUUUUCCGGUACGAUUCCGAUGUACGAUUCUUUUCUUCAGUGUUUAUCCACCGUUUCCACUAAUCCAAUCCCCAAAGACCAAGUUUCCAGUAUCCUCUACGCGCCGGCGAACGCGUCGUUUUCCUCCGUCCUCCAAGCCUACGCCAGAAACCGGCGGUUCAACACCGGUUCAUCUCCCAAACCGGCGAUCAUCGUGACUCCUUUGCAGGAGUCGCAUGUCCCGCCGGUGGUCCUGUGCGCCAAAAAGCUCGGAGUGGAGAUCAGAAUCCGGAGCGGCGGGCAUGAUUACGAGGGGAUUUCGUACGUUUCCGAUGUUAAUUUCAUCAUUCUCGACAUGUUUAAUCUCCGGUCCGUCGACGUUGACGUCGCCGGCGAGACGGCGUGGGUCCAAGCCGGCGCGACGCUCGGCGAGCUGUACUAUCGGAUAUCGGAGAAGAGCUCGGUGCAUGGGUUUCCCGGCGGGGUGUGCCCCACCGUGGGAGUGGGCGGCCACGUCAGCGGAGGCGGGUACGGUAAUAUGAUCCGACGGUUCGGGUUGACGGUUGACCACGUGGUCGACGCGCGGAUCGUGGACGUGAAGGGGAGAAUUUUGGACCGGAAAGGUAUGGGCGAAGAUCUUUUCUGGGCGAUCAACGGCGGAGGAGGCGCCAGCUUCGGCGUCAUCUUGGCGUUCAAAAUCAAGCUCCUUCGGGUCCCCAAAACGGUGACGUAUUUCCGAGCUGAGAAAUAUUUGGGUCUAACCCCGAACUUCAACGACGUCGUUUCCCAGUACCUCAACACCGCCAGCAAAAUAGACAACAAUCUUUUCAUCAGGCUUCUAUUACAAAUAGUCCCGCCGCCAAACCACAAUUCCAAGACCGUCAGAUCAUCCUACGUCGGAUUAUUCCUCGGAAACUCCGAAAACCUUAUCUCCAUCCUAAACCACGAUUUCCCGUCAUUAGGACUGACAAAACAGGACUGUUUCGAGAUGAGUUGGAUCGAAUCAUUACUCCGGUGGGGAAACUUCGGAAACGGCACAAAACCCGAAGCAUUACUAAACAGAACCCCCGCCGGCGACGUGAGUUUCCUCAAAAGAAAAUCCGAUUACCUUCAAACCCCCAUCCCAAAACACAUAUUGGAUCCUCUAUGGAACAAAAUGCUGGAAUUGGGGAACACAGGGCUAGCCGUGAACCCAUACGGCGGAAAAAUGGCGGAAAUCCCGUCGACCCAAACGCCGUUUCCUCACCGCGCCGGAAUUCUGUUCAAGAUCCAAUACGCCGUGAGCUGGAACCAAGAAGGGGAGGCGGCGGAUCGGGAGCACAUAUCGCAGAUAAGAGCGCUCCAUAGCUUCUUGGCGCCGUUCGUUUCGAGUAAUCCGAGGCAGGCGUAUCUGAAUUACAGAGAUUUGGACAUCGGAACCACCGAUCACGGGCUCCAUAGCUACGAGGAAGGGAAGGUUUAUGGGCACAAGUAUUUCAUGGGGAAUUAUGAGAGGUUGGUGAAAGUGAAGAGUAUGGUUGAUCCGGAGAAUUUCUUCAGGAAUGAACAGAGCAUUCCUAGUUUGAAUCGGAGUAGGAACCGGAAUCAAACCGGGAGUGAAUCGUGUGAACCGGGUUUUUGUCGGAAUAUCCACCGGCGGCUAUGACUGUUACUGUUUUCCGUUGUAUCUCUCUAUACGUUAAUCAUGGGCACGUAGUGCUCGCCGGUGUUUGUGGGCACAUUUCCAUUUUAAAACAAGUAUACUACUGAGUAGUGGGGUACUACACUUUGUCAUUAUUAGGAGAAUAAAGAUAUUAUAGUUUAUUGAAUAAAAUACGGAGUAACUUGGAAAGACCAA